AUCGCCAAUAGCGCAUUCUUUCGCGUCGCAGCCUAUCAACUCCGACGCCGAUCAGCUACUACUGCCUUUCAGUGGGUCAAAGGCCAUAGCGGCAUUUCUGGCAAUGAAGAAGCGGAUAAGCUAGCAAAAGAAGGAGCCCAUAAAGACCAUCCUGACCAAAUUGACCUAUCCAUCCCACCCAACUUCAAUCUCCAGGGCGCCAAACUCUCCGCAGUGACCCAACGCAUAGCAUACCGCACCCUACGGCACCAGCUCUCCCCACGCUCCCCGCCUAGGAAAACAACCACGCGCACCAUAUCGCGCGUCCAAGAUGGACUGGAAGACCUUACGGGCUCUCGCGAAACGCCGAAGCAACUCUGGCUCUCGUGCCGGAACCCUAACUUCCGCCCCUUAAUAAAACAAUUCCUGUUUAAAGCCACACAACAGGCCUACCGCAUAGGUGACUCCUGGUCCCCCAUUCCGGGGUACCAGGACCGGGCUAUCUGCCCUACCUGUGAAGACAGCUCAGACAACCUCGACCAUAUUUUGCUAGAAUGCCUCUCACCUGCGCGACGAAUCGUAUGGCUCCUAGCGGCCGAUAUAUGGCCCGCGAACUAUGGACCUUGGCCUACCCUGAAUUACGGGGCACUGCUAGGGUGCGGAAAACUCUCCUUCCCCCUUAACAACGAAGAGCAGAAUGGAAUGACUGACAGGCGCAACAAUGAACCCCCCCGCGCUGCGAAGCGCAACCCUGGAGCAUCUCGCCUGCUCCAAAUCCUAGUAUCCGAAUCACUUUACCUGAUUUGGGUUCUGCGAUGCGAACGGGUUAUCCAAGACCGUAACCACUCACCUUCCUCCAUCCAAUCACGAUGGCGGAAUGCCAUCAACCGAAGACUACAAAUCGACCGCGUCACAGCCAGUAAGAUCAAACGUACCCCACAAGCUGCAGACCGCGUAAAAGCCACCUGGCAA